CUCCACGCAUGCAUAUCCCAGGUUAACGCGCGUGGGUGGGCAGGUGAGCCACGUCCAGCCCACAGUUGUGACGUGGCACGUCUCGAGCUCGGCGCGUCGUGUUCAGGGCUCAGGUGUUUUGAUUAGAGCACAGACGCACAGAUGGAGGGAGACACUGGGAAGAUACGCGUGAUGGUGACCGGUGGCACCGGUCUGGUUGGAAGAGCCAUAGAGCAUGUCUUGCGGCAGGAAGGUGGAGCAAGAGAAGGAGAAGAAUGGAUCUUUCUUUCAUCCAAAGAUGCCAACCUAAUGGAUGUUGCUGAGACAAAAGCUGUGUUCGAGAAACACCGCCCUACACACGUCAUUCAUCUGGCAGCCAUGGUGGGCGGGCUCUUUAAAAACAUGAGACAGAACCUUAGCUUUUGGAGAAACAACAUCUACAUCAACGACAACGUGCUGCACACGUCUCACGAGUUCGGCGUGCAGAAGGUUGUAUCUUGCCUGUCCACCUGCAUCUUUCCAGACCAAACCACGUACCCCAUCGAUGAGACUAUGAUUCACAACGGUCCUCCUCACGAAUCUAACUUUGGUUAUUCCUACGCUAAACGAAUGAUCGAUGUCCACAACAGGGCAUAUUUUAAACAGUAUGACCGGAGGUACACUGCCGUUAUCCCGACAAACGUCUUUGGUCCACAUGACAACUUCAGUAUAGAGGACGGCCACGUUCUCCCAGGACUUAUACACAAGACCUACCUUGCACAGAAGGAGGGGACAGCUCUGCAGGUCUGGGGCUCUGGCCGUCCACGACGACAGUUUAUUUAUUCACUCGAUUUGGCUCGCCUCUUUCUUUGGGUGCUCAGAGAAUAUAAUGAGGUGGAACCAAUCAUAUUAUCAGUUGGAGAGGAGGACGAAGUAUCCAUCAAGGAAGCCGCGGAUGCCGUCAUCGAAGCGUUCGGGUUCAAAGGGGACGUUGUUUAUGAUACAAGUAAAGCUGACGGGCAAUUCAAGAAAACAGCCUGUAACGCCAAACUCCGCAAAUACCUUCCUGACUUCACCUUCACGCCUUUCCACAAAGCCAUCAAGGAGACCUGUGAUUGGUUUGUGGGUAAUUAUGACAUCGCUCGCAAAUAAGGAUAACUGAAGUACAUCAGGACUCUCGCUGCAACAUGUUACAGGACCCACCUACAUUAUUUCACUUCAAAGUACUUAAGGGAGGAACUGAAGAAGCAAAACAUUAUUAUUAUUAUUGGAGAACACCUGCUCUGGACCCAAAUGUAAUGAUGUAAGAGGGCUUGACUAUAUCAAACUAUAAUAUAAUUAUAGCUAGCUCCCCAAAGUUAAUUCUUUUUUUAAAGCUGUGCCAACUUUAACAAUUUGUUUUUAUUAAAAAAAUGACUUGUCAUAUAAUUUAUAGUAAUCUUUUGUCAUCUGUGAAAGUUUGUUCCUGUUUUACUCCCUAAAGUCCCUGUUCUGCGUGAUCAAAAAAAACAAAAAACAACAACAAUGUGACACAGAAAUAUCCAUCAGUAUCCGCCACCUUUUCAGUAGUUGCUAUAGCUACAGUAAUAUCACAAUAAGUUCUUUAGUAUAAUUUAAUUUGCAGAGCCAGGUCAUUUAGAAACAAGUGACCAGUCAGAUUCAAUAUUUCGACAUCACUGUGGUGUCAUUUUCAGUGGGUUUGUAAAUUCCUCGGUGCAGGGCAUUUCAUUUGUUGUCAUAUUUAUCCAUGUAUGUUUGUCUUGUUUUUUCUUACCUUUUUACCCCUUUAGGCCUUUUUCUGAUCAUGUGAUUUGACAGGUUAGAGAAUAACAGUCGGGGUAGCUUUUGAAUCUUAAAAUAAAUGCUUGGCUCAUCAAUAGUGCCGUUCUCCAAUAUUUUAGAUUAGUUACACAUGAAGUAGAAUAUUUUAAUCCUUUGUCCAAUUUAAUUUCCAUAAUUAAGGGAUUAUAGCUCAUGAAAGUAAAGAAAGAACAACCUGUAUCUCAAAAUAUUUACAUAUUCUCUAAGAUCAAAGACUCACCCAGCAGACAAGCUUUGUUCCUAGCAAUUAUGUCAUUUGUCAUAACUAACAUCAAUUGUAAAGGUUUAAAUCAUACCUUUUUAGGUAGCUUUAAAGUUUGAGAAGUAGGGAUUAAUGUUUCUAACACAGGAAUCAUGAUUGCAUGCAUCCUCUUAUACAAGUUAUAAGCUCAUUCAGUUAUUUAGUUAUGUAUCAUGAUUCCCCCCCCAAAAUUUUUAUUUUUUUCCAAUUUCAAUUUUCUCACUUAUAUGUUUGUAUUUGAGGUGGUAGAAUCCGUAGCUGUUCCUCCAUAAUGUUCCAUGUGGCGCACUCUAAACAGUUUACACAUUGGCAGACGGCACAGUGUCCUGUGUGGCUGCCUCCUGUGGCAGGAGUUUAUUCAGAAUCAUAGCAAAAAAAAAAAAAAAUUAUAUAUUACAUUGAAUUGAGAUAUUUAUAAAAUCGUGAUACUAAACGAAUCGCAAAUCUCUAGGUAUUGUGACAAUUUAGUGUAACUGGUCCCUGGUGGUUACCGUCCAUAAUAGGCAUUAAAUCCCAUUAAACACUAUCUCUUUCCUACUUUUUUUGAAUUUAUUUUUGAGGUCAAGUUUUUUUUAAGUGAAAUCUGGCAUGAUUUUUAAAGAUGACGGUCAGUUGUUUUUUUUUACAUAGAAUGAUAGAAUGUUUAAUAUCUGUUCUCUUUAUGACCAAAUGUGGAAUGUGAUGGAACCUUUUUGUUACUGCCCUGCUACAAUUUACAUUUUCAUAUAUAUUAAUAUCUGUUAAAUACAAUUCACUAGCCAUUUUUUUAUUCUGAUCGGUACAGGAUUAGUAAAUAGUUGUAUGUAGUUUAUAUGAUAUUUGAUGAGUAGUGGCAGUUUUGAUCAGUGGACAAAUUAAAAUGUUGCCUUUUUUUUCAUUUCCUGUAAAAUAUUAAACAUUUGAUAUGUAAUGAAAUACCUUGCAUUGAUUAAACAGAUAUAGAAUAAAUCUGCAUGUAUACAAAACA